CGAAUGUCUAUUAUAACAGUAUUUCCUACCCAAACACCUACUUGCUCAUUGAGCGCAUUUUUAAGAAAAAAACAAAAAAGGAAAAAUACAACUUCUUCACUUGAAUUAAACGGAGAAAAUCACGUAUCAGAAACUCUUAACCCUGUUAGAGGAUUCAGAAGACGUUUAGUAACUGUUGGUCCAAUUUUAUUUAUGCGUUCAAAUCAGAAAAUUCACAAAAAUUCGUCACAAGAUGUUCCAGUUAUUUCUAAGAAAAAUACCCCAAUUUUGUUAAAUAAUUUUAAAAUUGUUCAAAUUUUUGAUUGUAAAAUUUCAAAUAAAAUAAUUCCUUCGAGAAGAUUAGAAUGUUGCAAUUGCUGUCCAAUAGCUAGAAGUGGACAUAGAAUAUUUGCAGAUUUUGAUUUUAUUUAUGUUUUGGGGGGCUAUAAUUAUGCUUUUAAUAAUGAUAAAACUUAUACUGAUGUUUGGCGUUUUAAUCGUCUAACGAGUCAAUGGCAACAAUGUUCACUUUUUGACCAAACAAAUCCUCUACCAAAUACUUUAGCUUCAUUUUCCUUAGUUCCAGUUAUUUCAAAUAAUUCACAAAAUGAAAUUUUUAUUUUUGGGGGAACUGGCUUUCCUUUUGGUCAGAAAGCAACGAGUAAAUUACACAAAAUUAAAAUUGAUGUUGAUGGAAAAAUACAUUUAAAUUUGGAAGCAGAAAAUCAAAUUAAUAAUGAAAUUGAAAAUGAAAAUUUUGUUUAUUUACCCGAUAAUCAAAAUUUAUUAGAGGAGGAAUAUCCUCCAAGAAUGUAUGGACAUGCAAUGUGUCACAGAAUUGAAUUAAAUUCUGAUGGUUCUCCGUAUCAAGUUAUUUAUUUGGCUGGGGGGACUAGUGGUCAUAUAUACAAUAUGGAUAUUUGGAGAAUGGAGCGGCCUUGUAAAAUACCCAAUUCUCCUUGGAAAGCCAAACUCUUAAAUAGACAUGGAUUUGAACCUGGCCGUUAUAGAUUAGAAGCUGUUUUGCAUGGCCAAAAGAUUUUUACUUUUGGUGGUGGUGCCCCAGACUUUUGUGCAGAAUUUAAUGAGGUGCUUGUUUUCAACAUUUCUGAACGCAAAUUUGAACAUUGCCCAACAAUUCCUGAUUCAAAUUUUGGAUUUCCUUUAGGCAGAAAAUGCCAUUCCUUAGUGCAAUUAGAUGAUGAUGUUUAUAUUAUUGGCGGUUGUCGUGAUAAUUUAGAACAACAAUUGCAACAUCCCCACCACCAAUUAAUAACAAAGCAGCAAUUACUCAACGAUGUUUGGCGUUUUAAUUUAAAUAAUUUAAAAUGGAAAAAAUUGCAAACAAAUUUGCCUAUCCCCGUUUAUUUCCAUUCUUCUACGUUAACAAAAGAUGGAUGUGUUUAUGUUUUUGGUGGUUGUGUAGAUGAAGAUCCCCUUUCCCAAACAAGAGUUAAUUGUCUACAAAAAUUUUGGUUGAAACCUCCAUCUUUGCGUUAUUUUGCUUCAAAUGCUUUAAUUGAAAAUAUGGAGAUAAAUCAAAAAAGAAGAAUUUUUAAUAAUUUUGAUAUUAAAUUAAGUGAUUCUGAGGUGUGUUUUCUUUAA